AUGGCAAAGUUGUCUCCCGGGCAGGAAUAUAAUGUGAUGUUGUAUAGAAUCCUCAAUGGAAGUUGUAGUGAAGAAGCAUCCAUCAACGUGACUACUAGGCCUUCGUCAGUUCAGAACCUUACAAUAGAAAAUCGCACAGUAGAUUCCCUGCUGAUUGGAUGGAAGCCACCCAGAGACCCUCAAAGCUACACCUACACCUAUUGUGUCUGCUUGAUUGACUGCACCAUUGCCAAUGAAAGCCCAUUUCUUGCAAAAGGAUUGAAAGGAGGAACAAUGUACACAAUUGAAGUCAGGGCCGUCACGAAGAGCAACGUUUAUGGUGACACAAUGACCAUAAGUGUCAUCACAGCUCCCAACAGCCCUGAGAAGAUCACUGUGGAAAGUUACAGUCCUUAUUACCUUUCCAUUGCCUGGAACCCCCCCAAAGACCCGAAUGCAACGGAUUAUUUGUACAGAAUCAGUUGGUGGAGAGAAGACGGGACACAAGUGGGCAACUACUCCGUUCUGGGUUUCAAUUACACCAUUUGCAGUUUGAAGCCAGGACUUGUGUACCUGGUGGAGGUGAUCUCAGAAUUCAAUGAGAUUUUGAGCGAAGCCACAAAGCUGCGGACUCUAACAUCCCCACUGUCCCCGACCCAUUUCCGCAUCCAGAUGAUCAAUCAAACCACGGCUCAUUUUGCCUGGGUGAACCCAAACUCGCCAUUCAGUGCCAUCCGACUCCAGUGGAGCCCUUCAGAUGGAUCCAGAGGAAACGAAACAUACCCCAAGCCUUUGAACCAAGCUGUCCUGCAUGGUCUCACUCCCAGCACCAAUUACACCUUCACUCUCUUCAGCACAGCUGGAAAUGGUUCCCUGUCCAGAGACAGCGUUGGCCUACAGCAGCACGAGGCCACAAAGCCAGAACAAGUAAGUGAUUUGAUAUGCCUCCCUUCGCAAAAUAGCUGGAGUCUGAAAUUAUCCUGGACAUGUCCAGCCAGUGCUGUUAGUAAAAUUGUGAUCCUCAUGUCAGAUAAAGCCUGGAAAAAUGAGCCAAAUUGCAGCGGAUCAGUGGUGAUUCAAGAACUUCAGCCUGUCAAAGUCUACCAAAUUAAAAUAAAAACUUUUUGGUACGACCAAUAUGCAGUCUCAGACACUGUGGAGUGCUCCAUCAAUAGUACAGUGGUUCUGCUUGGAUCCCUUUUUGCGGUGCUGCUUCUGUUCGUCAUCCUUUGCUUCCUGUUCUUUUACUUCAGGAGACCAAGAAGGACAGAUGCCUCGGAGGAGCAGAAUCCAGACGUGGGAUUGUCUGGAGUCCUUGGUGCAGUACCUGUGUCGGCUUUCCCACGCCAUUGCUACGAGAAGCUGUCAGACAGCGCCUUCGGCUUUGCUGUUGAAUACCAGCAACUGCAGGACACGGGGACAGAUCAGCUCCAGAGUGUCGCCCAGCAGCAUGAAAAUCAAGCUAAGAAUCGCUAUAGCAACGUUCUGCCAUAUGACCAUGCACGAGUCCAGCUCACUCUCAAGCAAGAAGACCCCUAUUCAGACUACAUCAAUGCCAGCUACAUGCCUGGCUGCAAGAAGGAGAAGGAGUUCAUCGCAGCUCAGGGACCAUUGCCUGCCACACUCCAUGACUUCUGGCGCAUGAUAUGGGAGCAGCACGUCACAACCAUAGUCAUGCUCACAAAUUGCGUUGAGAAUGGAAGGGUGAAAUGUGAACACUACUGGCCCUUGGACUACACCCCCUGCACUUAUGAUGAUAUUACUGUAUCUGUUAUCACAGAAACUAUUCUCCCUGAUUGGUCUGUCCGUGACUUCUGUAUCAAGCAGGUGAGCAUGUCUGAAGUUCGCCAUGCUAGGCAUUAUCACUACACAUCAUGGCCAGAUCAUGGAGUGCCCCAAACCACGGAAACCAUUCUUCGUUUCCGAGAUCUUGUCAGGGAGGACUUGGACAAAAUGAAGGAUAAUGGGCCAGUUCUGGUUCAUUGCAGUGCUGGGGUGGGCCGGACAGGCACAUUUAUUUCUCUAGAUUCACUCCUGUGUGAAGCCCAGGACCAAGGAGAGAUUGGUGUCUUUUCAUUUGUUGAGAAACUGAGAAGGAACCGUCCACUCAUGAUCCAGAAUGAGGAUCAGUAUGUCUUUUUGCACCAGUGUCUCCUGGAUGGGAUCCAGUCUGCUUCAACGAAUGCCGGGGUGAUCCAGGAACAUCCUGCUGUCUAUGAAAACAUCUUGGCUAUGCAAGACUAUGAGGUCUCCCGGGUGUGA